UGGCUGUGUCACACUAGAGACAAGGAAUCAAUGGAGCUUAGAUCGUACCUGGCGAUGAAACACGAGCAGGGAGGUACGGCUAUAGACGCUUGCUCACUGCCUACCGGCUACCGGUAAAGAGCCCCCUAAUGAGAGAAGACGCAGCCCAGGCCCCAUACACGAUUGAGGACUAUCGCUAUCCAAGUCUAUAAGAAUGGAUAUUGACACCACCGGUGGGGAAGUGGGGAGAAGUGGGGAAGGAAUCGUGAGAUACAAAAAGUGGCCUGACUCUUUGAUCUGUUGGCCAGGAACCGGAACAGGCUCUUCUUCUUGAAUUUCACUGAUUAGAUCCAUUGCCGUUCAGCAUGACUACAGAAGCUCUCAAGGCACAGUUUCCGGACCUGGAAUGGUACAAGAUUCCGACGCCGGAAGACCAUCCGGCUUACAUUUACCACGGCUUCGAACCGGGCAAGACGGUCCUGCCGAAAGGUCAUGUACGAUUUCCCGGUCGUCGGGCCUUUCCGAUCGACGUGAUCCUGGACCGUGAUGUGGCCAUUCCCAUGCGUGACGGCGUGGUCCUGUACGCGGACAUCUUCCGCUCGGUCGAGUCGGAUCAGAGCGAGAAGGUGCCUGCCAUCAUCCCGUGGAGCCCGUACGGCAAGACAGGCACGGGGACUCAGCACUAUGACAACAUGGCGCCCUUCCGCGCGGGCCUCCCGUUGGACAAGACCUCCGGGUAUGAGAAAUUCGAGGCGCCCGAUCCGGCGGAGUGGGUGCAGCGAGGGUACGCGAUCGUCAAUGUAGACGCGCGCGGCAUUAACCGCUCCGGCGGCGAGGUGGUCUUCUGGGGCCAGCAGGAAGCCGAGGAUAUCUACGACACGAUCGACUGGCUGGCGAAGCAGCCAUGGUGCAACGGUUCGGUAGGCAUGGCGGGCAACUCGUGGCUGUCCAUCGCGCAGGUGAACUAUGCCUCGCGGCUGGAACACCCGGCGCUGAAGGCCCUCGCACCGUGGGAGUGCUUCACCGAUCCGUACCGGGACCUGGUGGCGCGCGGCGGCCGCAAGCACAACGAGGGCUUCCACAAUCUGCUGCUAACGGGUUUCGCGGGCCCGCAGACGACGGCCGAGAACCUCCCGGGGAUGAUUGCCAAGCGACCCUUGUACGAUGAGUACUGGGAGAGCAAGUACAUCCACACGGAGAACAUCACCGUGCCGCUGUACAUCUUGGCCUCGUACUCGACCAUGCUGCACACGCGCGGCUCGCUGCAAACCUUCCGCACGGCGCGCAGCGCGCACAAGUGGCUACGCGUGCACCCGCACCAGGAGUGGUACGAUCUGUACCGGCCGGAGAUCGUCGACGAUUUGCAGCGAUACUUUGACCGGUUCCUCAAGGGGAUCGAUAACGGAUGGGAGCACGACACCCCGCCCGUGCGGCUCUCGCUGCUCGGGUUCGAGGCCAGCGGCAGCCCGGCAACGACCAUCCGAGAGCGGGCGGAGCAAGAGUACCCAUUAGCACGACAGACGCUCAAAACAUUCUACCUGAACGCGAUGACAAAAUCCCUGCAGGCGGACCCCGUGGCGGCUGCGGCCUCGGUCUCGCACGCGGGCCACGACCUGCAGGCCAGCUCGGACUUUACCCUAUUCUUCGACGGGUACACGGAGAUCGCGGGGUACGCCAAGGUGCGACUGUGGAUGUGCUGCCAGCAGCACGACGACAUGGAUGUGGCGGUGCAGAUCCGCAAGAUCUCCGCGCAGGGGAUCCCGCUGGCGCACCUCAACUACCCGUGCCCUGACGCACUCUCCAUCGACGACGUUCCGGACGUCAACACGGCCAAGACCCUGGGCCCGCAGGGGUUCCUGCGGGCGUCGCACUCGAUCAGCCGCGACGCCAGCCAGUCGACGGAGCAGGAGAUCUUCUACCGCCACGACCGGCGCGAGCCCGUGGGCCUGGGUACGAUUGUCCCGUUGGAGAUCACGCUGUGGCCGAUGGGGAUGGUGUUUGCUCCCGGCGAAGGAAUCAUGCUGCGUGUCUCGGGUCACGACAUGUGUCUGCCGGAGGUAGAGCUCAUUCGACCCACGACAGCCGAGGAUGAGAACGUCGGCGAGCAUGAGAUUCAUGCCGGGGGGAGAUACGAUUCCUGUCUGGUGUUGCCAUUUCUUUAGCAGCACCUUAGUAGAGUAUAAUUUGUACUCUGUUAGCAAUAUAAU